ACAGUAAUGCCAGUGUGCUCUCGGUGACUCUACUCAUGGAUCUGCAUCUUUCCGCAGACUGUCAGUGGAUUGACAUAUAUGACAGCUCGCCUACAGAACGUUUCUAUGUCAAAACGACAGGAGAGUAAAUUGGAAAUAAUCCUGUGGACCAGAUAUGCUACCAUGGGCAUUUUUGUGAUGCACUUUGCAACUUUAUAGUUCUUUCAUAGAGAUACAACUGAUAAGGAUGAAAAGUCAUUUGAUUAAUUUUAAUAGUUUGAAGAACAGAGAAAAAAAACAUGGCAUUACAAACUUCGAAUGAAACUUCCUUGUCAACAUUCCUGGACUGUGUGCCACGCCUGCAGAGCAAAUCAUCCAUGAACGCAUCUGGAAAUAUGAGCAAGGAAGUUACCAAUACUACCUGUACCAAUGCGUCUGUCAUCACAAAACCCCCAUCCGCACGACAAAAAGAGAUGGACUCGGUGCGCAUCCUGCUCUACUCGCUCAUCUUCCUGCUCAGCGUCUUUGGCAACCUUCUGAUCAUUGUGGUCCUGACGGUCAAUAAGCGCAUGCGCACGGUCACUAACUCCUUCUUGCUGUCGCUGGCAGUAAGUGACCUGAUGUUGGCUGUCUUCUGCAUGCCCUUCACGCUCAUCCCAAACCUGCUGGAGGACUUCAUCUUCGGAGCCGCCAUGUGUAAAAUGGUCACCUACUUCAUGGCGCUCUCCGUCAGCAUCUCCACCUUCAGCCUGGUCGCCAUUGCGACCGAGAGGUACAGUGCCAUCUGCAACCCGCUAAAGUCGCGGGCAUGGCAGACUCGUUCCCACGCCUACCGGGUCAUCGCUGCCAUCUGGGUGUUGUCGUUGGUCAUGAUGGUGCCCUACCCAUUGUUCAGCCACCUCAAGUCCUUCCCCAAACCCGACCGAACUACGGGACACAUGUGUCGCCUGGAUUGGCCAAGCGGUGGGGUAGAACAGACGUGGUACAUGCUGUUGCUUUUAAUCUUGUUCUUCAUCCCUGGGGUGGUAAUGAUCGUUGCCUAUGGACUCAUCUCCAGAGAGCUGUGCCGGGGGAUGAAGUUUGAGCUGGACCAAAACAGAGAGAGCAGUGCACUAAAGAACGGAGUAAACACCACCGUGACCACCAGCAACAACGACACAGACGAUGAUGGCUGCUACAUCCAGAUGCCGAAGAAGCCACCGUCCAUGGAGCUGUCUACCCUCACCCCCCCUACUCCGGCCCCUCCCAAACCCAGAGUGUCCACUGAGCACCCUCGAAGCAAUAGCUCGGAGGCUAAACUCUUGGCCAAGAAGCGUGUGAUCCGCAUGCUCAUUGUCACUGCCGUCCUCUUCUUCCUCUGCUGGAUGCCCCUGUACACGGCCAACACGUGGAAGGCUUUCCACAUCAGCUCAGCCCACCGGCUCCUCUCAGGUGCACCCAUCUCGUUCAUCCACCUGUUGAGCUACACAUCGGCGUGCGUUAACCCUGUUAUCUAUUGUUUUAUGAAUACACGCUUCCGCAAGGCGUUGCUCACCACCUUUGCCCACUGCCGUCUGCCCUGCUGUCGGCGCCGCCGGGGGAGGCGGGGCGGCAGGGAUGAUGAGAUGACAGUGACAGGGACUAUUGGUCCUUCGUCCAUGUCCAAGAUCAGCUAUACCACAGUGAGCACCGCGGGGACCUACUGAUUAUUUGUGAAGGGGGCUAGGGGUACAGUGUCCACAUUAGGACAGCCUCAGUCUCAGCAGGACUUCUUCCUAAUAUGGACCCUGUAUAGGGGGAACACAGGGGGCUGUAGCAUUGGGUACACAGGUAGUUGUGACUUAAGGAUGGCAACCGACAGAAUGCUUGGGCGUUUCUUUGCUUGUUUGCUCCUAUCUGAUUAGCUGCAGGUGUUUAUGCUCUUUGUGGAAUACUUUAUUGACUGUCAAGUGUCUGGGGUCUACAGUGGGCAUCAUAAGUAUUCAACCCCCUUGGAUUUCUUCAGAUUUUAUUGUGAUACAUACUGGGAUUAAAAUUGAUUUAAUUGACCUCUUUGCCAACGAUCUACACAAAACACUCUCACAGAACAUUUUUUAAAGAUUAAUGAAAGUAAAAAAAGUAUUCAGCCCCCUGAGUCAACACAUGUUACAAACACCUUUGGCAGCGAUUACAGCUAUGAGUAAUCUUGGGUAACUCUCUAAGUGCUUUGUACACCGGGAUUGUACAAUAUUUGCCCAUUAUUCUUUUCAGAAUUCUUCAAGCUCUGUCAAGGUUUUGGGGAUCAUGACUAGACAGCAAUUUAAAGUUUUGCCAUACAUUUUCACGCAGAUUUAAGUCAAAACUGUAACUUGGCCACUCAGGGACAUUCACUGUCAUCAUGGCAAGCAACUCCAGUGUAGAUUUGGCCUUGUGUUGUAGGUUAUUGUCCCGCUGAAAGGUGAAUUCCUCUCCCAGUAUCUGGUGUAAAGCAGACUUAAGAAGGUUUUCCUCUUGGAUUUUGCCUGUGCUCAGCUCCAUCCAUUUAUUUUCAUCUUUGCCAAUAUCAAGCGUACGUAUACCAUAAUGCAGCCAACACCAUCAUUGAAAAUAAGGCGUCAGUUCGUCAACGAUGUGUUGUGUUAGAUGUACCCCAAACAUAAGGCUUUGCAUUUAGGCCAAAAAGUGUAUUCCUUUGCCGUGUUUCUUUGCAGUAUUACUUUAGUGCCUUGUUGCAUACAUAUGGAUGUUUUACUCUAUAUAUGUUGCAUUCUUCUUUUCACGCUGUCAUUUAGGUCAUUAUUGUGGAGUCACUACAAUGUUGUUGAUCCAUCCUCAGUUAUCUCCCAUAACAGCCAUUUAACUCUGUAGCUGUUUUAAAAUCACCAAUGUCCCCAUGGUGACAUCCUUGAGCAGUUUUCUUCCUGUUAUGCAACAGUUCAGAAGGACGACUGUACCUUUGAUAUUUCUGCGUGGUUUAAUACAUCAUCAACAGCAUAAUU